AUGAAGCUUCCUUCGGAGGUUUUCUGUACAAUUCUGCUUUUAAUUUUUGCGGACAAUUCAAAGGCAGAUAUUCCCGGCUGCAACUACUUCGACACGGUCGAUAUCUCAUACAUUGAAAGACAAAACGAUUCGUAUUUAUAUGAUGAUAUCCUAAUUCCUGCCAGCUUAACUGGAUACUACGAAUUCAUGGAUUUUGGGGACGGAUUCAUUAGGCCGGUUAAAAAGCAUUUAAGGGCCUGUGUUUGCAGCGUGCGGCCCUGUAUUCCAAUCUGCUGCCCAGCCAAGAAUUUUUUGCCCAACGGAAAAUGCGAGGAUGGUCUCAAAGAGGAGCUCGCCCGGUUCGAACCCUAUAUAUACCUCACAUCCAUGGACGGAGAGGAACGAGUACCACUCACCGAUAUGGCUAUUAUCAGAGAUGAGUUCUGGGAUUGUGAUGAAAUGAUUUUCAUCAGCGACUUCUACUAUUUCUUAGAACAGGUUAGAAUUCAAAAUUUCAAUAAAUUUGGACUUAUAGUUUGGUUUCAGGAUGGUACAUUUUGGGUUACCGUAGAUCUAGUCUUGAAAAAACAUGAGUACUGCUUAUACCGGCACAACUUUAAUUCGGAUUUUCCAAAGUCCAUGUGGCUAAUAGUACACCGCUGCAGGACCGACUUAUUACCUGGAUACUUGGAGAUUCUAAUUGUUUCAUCAAUAUGCAAUGUUCUGACAAUCGCCGUAUAUCUGUACAUUAAGAAGCUGCGAAAUGUGACUGGCAAGUGCAUUAUAUGCUGUCUAUUUUCGAGGUUUAUCCAGGACUUGAUCACAGUACUAGAUCGUUUAAAACUAAUAAAUGCCAUCUGCUCUCCAGCUGGUUACAGCUUGUACUUUUUACUGAUGGCUGCCAAUCUCUGGCUCUCUGUCAUCAGCUACCAUACGUGGAAAGUCUUGACGUCCCUCAAUAGAGUUGAAAUUACCUAUCGGUUCCUGCGGUACAACGUCUUCGUCUGGAGCACAGCCUCUAUCAUGACGGGAAGUAUUUAUCUGGUUAAUCAUAUUUGGGAAAACGAUCCCAGUCAAUGGAACUGGUUGCCCCUGGUCGGUUUUAUUCGGUGCUCGGUCAAAGAUUGGCACUCAUCCGUCUGGAUCUAUAUAAGUGGACCGUCGCUGGUCCUGAGUACUUUUAAUGUCACCAUGUUCACCCUGACAGCCAUUUACAUUUGGAAAGUGAAGGGGAAUAUAAAGAAGUUCACAAAUGAGGAGGAGGAAAGGAUUGGCUGCAUCAACUUCGACAGCCAGACUUACCUACAGUUCCUGCGGCUCUCCAUCGUGAUGGGCCUUACUUGGAUAUUUAAUGUCAUUCCGUUUUCUGCACGAUUCUACAUCUUCUGGAAAUGGGUCGGGAUAAUAUCCGAUUAUUUUCACAGCGCGUUUGGAAUUGUCAUUUUCGUUCUGCUCGUCCUGAAGCGAAGCACAUGGACUCUACUGAUGGAGUCUUAGGCUUGU